GACUCUCUCUCCAUCGCUCCCGACGAUCGGCAUGAUGCUUCCGACGAAGGCGGAGAUGCACCACCACCCGAGCACCAGCAAGAAGGCGGUCGUCACGGAAGCCGCCGUGGACGUGUGCCUCGCGGGGGCGGCCGUGGCCGGCGCCGCGCUGCUGGCGUGGUGGGCCGUCGCGUUCCACCCGACCUACGCCCACCUCUGGAUGGUGCCGCUCGGCCUCGUGCUCGCCGGCACCCCGCCCGUCGUCUGCCUCGCGCUCCGCUGCUCCGGCGACGGCGGCCCGCGCGUGCCGCUGCCGCGAUCGUUGCCCACAGUGCCCACAGCAUGUAGUACGUACGCGUACUUCUCACCAGGGGCGGAGCCAGGUUCAGUUUAAAGGGGGUGCUGAAACCCUUUCAAUUAAACUAACUUCAUGUCUUAUGUGCAAAAUUCAGGAUAAACAGCUAACAUUUACUUGGACUUGCACGGGUUGAGGGGGUGCUGUUUCUCACAUCAUGCGUAUGAAUGUGUUGGAGUAUUUUAUUCUUUAGUUCCAUUUGAAUUUUCGACUGGAAGUAUGUACAGAUCAGUGGAGUGUGGUAUUUUGGCGUAAAAAUGCAUGUGAGAAUGUAAAUCACAACAACCUUAAUUAACCUCAAA